CAGAUAGUGUUUCCAACCUCAUCAAUGACCAACCCAACUACAUAUAUACACAGAAGGUUCACAAUAUACACAGAAGCUUCACAAACUACUUCUUCUUCUCAUAGUUUCGACCAUGGCGACCACUACUAGUUUUGCCUACAGUGCAGUCUCCCCGGCAGUCCCAGAGUGGCUAAACAAAGGCGAUAACGCCUGGCAGCUCACCGCAGCCACAUUGGUUGGGCUGCAGAGCAUGCCGGGCCUCAUCAUCCUCUACGCCAGCAUAGUCAAGAAGAAAUGGGCCGUCAACUCAGCCUUCAUGGCCCUCUACGCCUUCGCCGCCGUCCUAAUUUGUUGGGUGCUCGUCGGCUACCGCAUGGCCUUUGGAGACCAGCUCCUUCCAUUUUGGGGUAAGGGAGCUCCUGCCCUUGGACAGAGAUUUCUGAUCCACCGAGCCAAGGUGCCCGAAAGCAAGCAUUUAUCGAGCCCGACGGUAGAGCCGUUUUACCCGAUGGCGACGCUUGUGUACUUUCAGUUCACUUUUGCUGCCAUCACGUUGAUUUUGUUAGCUGGGUCGGUUCUUGGGCGCAUGAAUAUUAAGGCUUGGAUGGCUUUUGUCCCUCUUUGGCUCAUCUUUUCUUACACUGUUGGGGCCUUUAGUCUCUGGGGUGGAGGGUUCCUCUAUCAUUGGGGUGUCAUUGACUACUCCGGUGGUUAUGUUAUCCACCUCUCCUCAGGCAUCGCGGGUUUCACGGCGGCUUAUUGGGUUGGUCCAAGGUUGAAGAGUGAUAGGGAGAGGUUUCCCCCAAACAACGUUUUGCUUAUGCUCGCCGGAGCCGGGCUACUGUGGAUGGGGUGGUCGGGUUUCAACGGUGGAGCACCAUAUGCUGCAAACAUCAACGCUUCAAUUGCGGUGUUGAACACAAACAUAUGUGCUGCCACGAGCCUUCUCGUCUGGACUUCUCUAGAUGUCAUGUUCUUUGGAAAGCCAUCGGUGAUCGGAGCCGUUCAAGGAAUGAUGACGGGACUUGUGUGCAUUACGCCAGGAGCAGGAUUGGUGCAAUCGUGGGCGGCUAUAGUGAUGGGAAUUGCUUCUGGAAGCAUUCCAUGGGUGUCCAUGAUGGUUCUUCACAAAAAGUCUUCCCUAUUACAAAAGGUAGACGACACCCUAGGCGCAUUUCAUACACACGCAGUGGCCGGACUCCUGGGGGGACUCCUCACCGGACUCUUUGCCGAGCCAGCUCUCUGCAGGCUCAUAUUGCCAGUUGGCAACAGCCGCGGUGCCUUCUACGGUGGAAAUGGCGGGGUCCAAUUCCUGAAACAAAUUGUGGCAGCCCUGUUUGUGAUUGCUUGGAACAUAGUCUCAACCACAAUUAUUCUUCUGGGUAUAAGAUGCUUCAUACCUUUGAGAAUGCCUGAUGAAGAGCUUAUGAUUGGAGACGAUGCAGUUCAUGGAGAAGAGGCAUAUGCUCUUUGGGGUGAUGGAGAGAAAUAUGACCCAACAAAGCAUGGUUGGAAUACAUCUGUGUAUGGUGAAGAAAUGGCACCGUCUCCAUAUAUCAAUGGGGCUAGAGGUGUCACCAUUAAUUUGUAAGCCAAUAUGUGAUCAAAGGAGGCUUCUUCUUUCCAUGAUCACAUAUCAAUAUGUCCGUGUAAGUAGAAAUUUUGGAUAUGCUGGUGAAAUGCAGUGUUAUGGUGUACAUUGUAUCUAGCUAAUUAAUUUUAACUGUACUUCUAGUCUA